ACUAAGCUAGGGCAUGCAUCUAAAGCUGGACACAGAACUAUAUAUAUAGUAGACAGCCACCCUCAGAACUUCCCCUCUACUUCGUUUCAUCCUUUUUCCUCCUCUUCAACUUGUCUAGCAAAGAGGGGUCCAAUUCUCUCAAAUAACAAGGAUUCUUGCCUUCCAUUCCCAUCUGCACCAACUCUUCGUGAGAUACAACAUACCUACUCUUCAUCUUUUCUCUGGUGCAUGCAUUCAUGUUUGACAGAGUUGAGAUCGAAGCAAACACAGCCGCAUACUACUAGCUAGAUCAAGGAAACACCAUUAGAAGCCUACUACGUGCAUGGAUCACUGGAGUGAAAGUGAGGGCAAGAGAGUCCAUGAUCCUAUCUUCCAACCCCGCAUCAGCCAAAACUGCCGCCAGCCUGUUGAAGAAUUCUGCAGGGAGAGGAGCAAAGGUGCUGCUGUUACUCGCUUUGAGCGAUGUACCUGGGUUCCCGGUCCUAUUAUCGUGGGUGCAGGACCAUCAGGGCUUGCCGUUGCUGCAUGUCUCAAGGAGAAGGGUGUCGACAGCCUCAUCCUUGAACGCUCCAACUGCAUAGCUUCUCUGUGGCAACUCAAAACAUAUGAUCGUCUGAGCCUUCAUCUUCCACGGCAGUUCUGUGAGCUUCCUCUCAUGCCUUUCCCUGCUGAUUACCCUAUUUAUCCCUCAAAGGAGAAGUUUGUAGCGUACUUGGAGAAGUAUGCUGCGCGGUUCGGCAUCUGUCCCAGCUACAACCAUGCGGUGGUUUGUGCUGAGUAUGACGAGAAGCUUCUGUUAUGGCGGGUGAGAUCACAACUUACAGGCAAAAUGGAGGAGGAGGUGGAAUAUAUAUCUCGGUGGUUGGUUGUGGCGACUGGUGAGAACGCUGAGGUUGUGCAGCCAGAGAUCGACGGACUAAAAGAGUUCAAGGGAACGGUUGUGCACACCAGUGCAUACAAAACUGGCCGUGCAUUUGCAGGGAAGCGUGUUCUUGUUGUUGGGUGUGGCAACUCUGGCAUGGAGGUCUGCCUAGAUCUCUGCGAUCACAAUGCACAGCCCCAUAUUGUAGUAAGAGACACUGUACACAUCUUGCCCAGGGAGAUGCUGGGUCAGUCUACCUUUGGGCUGUCAAUGUGGUUGCUCAAGUGGUUCCCAGUACACGUGGUGGACCGGAUUCUACUGCUCGUAGCACGGACCAUGCUUGGGGAUACUGCUCGGCUUGGGCUAAAGCGGCCUACCGUCGGUCCCCUCGAGCUCAAGUCACUCUCAGGGAAGACCCCAGUUCUUGAUGUUGGCACAUUUGCAAAGAUUAGGUCUGGUGAUAUCAAGGUGUAUCCGGGCAUCAAGAAAAUAUCAGGACGACAGGUAGAAUUUUUGGAUACACGGUCGGAGGACUUUGAUGCAAUUGUGCUUGCCACUGGCUACAAGAGCAACGUCCCCUUCUGGUUGAAGGACCGGGAGUUGUUUUCGGACAAAGAUGGAUUGCCAAGAAAAGCAUUUCCAAACGGAUGGAAGGGUGAGAGGGGGCUCUACUCGGUCGGACUCACCCGGCGUGGCCUGAUGGGAACCUCAGUCGAUGCGAGGAGGAUAGCUCACGACAUCGAGCAGCAGUUGAGUGCUGAAGGGAAGCUCUAGCUCCGGUCGCUGUUGUUUGCCAUGGUGACAGUUGGAGGCGUGCCAUGGACCGAUCUUGAGUUUGUGAAUAUAUGUGUAGGUUUGGCGAGAAUGAUACCAUGUUUGCCGACUCCAGCCAUGUGGUUGAAGCGGCCAUGGUGUGUUGCUUGCCUUGGUAGUGCUUGUAUAGAGUAUUGUAUUUGUCGAUUUUUUUUGUGUUAUUUUGGUUUUGAUGACUAACCAUCCUAUAUAUAGGCUGCUCUGUAUCAUCCUCGGUGGGGUAAUAUCAUGUUUUGACAAUCGGGCUCUGUUUGGCCUCGACUGAUCAAUGAAUCUAGAUUGGUUUUCCCUA